UCCACAUCCAGCUAUUUUACAAACAGGGAACAAACUGUUUGGUUUCAUAAUUAUAUUAAAAACGUUUUAAACGCAAAUAAGCUUUAUUACAAAAACAAACAUUUUAACAAAAGGCUCAACUGCCUAUUUAUUGCUUAGAGGUGUCGACUAAAGGACGCCGUUCUCCCGCAGUAUGGCUUCAAACUACCCGGACUCCGACGAGGAUAUUUUUGUCAUCACCGAGGAGGAGCUGGUGCAGGGUCUGAGUGUGCUGGCUGGAAGCGACCUGGAAAACUGCUCCUAUUCCCGGGGUUAUGUGAAGAGGCAGGCAGUGUUUGCCUGCAACACCUGCACCCCCGAUGCCACAGAGCCUGCUGGGAUAUGUCUGGCAUGUGCUGAUAAAUGCCAUGAUGGACAUGACAUUUUUGAACUUUACACCAAAAGAAAUUUUCGCUGCGAUUGCGGAAAUGGAAAAUUUGGAGAUUUUCAAUGUCAGCUGAUUCCUUCUAAAGAUGAGCAAAAUGUUAAGAAUCGCUACAAUCACAACUUCAGUGGCUGCUAUUGCACAUGUGACAGACCAUAUCCUGACAAAGAUGGGGAGGAUAAUGAUGAUGAGAUGAUUCAGUGCGUCAUCUGCGAGGAUUGGUUUCACAGUAAGCACUUGGGCUGCACUGUGGAUGAACCCGAAGAGCUGCAAGAGAUGGUGUGUGAGACGUGCAUGAACAAAGCUCCUUUCUUGUGGACGUAUGCGGCUCACUUUGCAGACCCUCCUUUAAUAAAAAUCAGUAAUUCCAACAAGGAGGAGGAUGUAAAAGUGGAAGUUGUGGAGAAAAGCCCUGAAAAAUGUCCAAGUAGGGAUGAGGGAGCAACCAGCAGUGACGUCCGCAGACAGGAGGAGGGUGGAAGCGAGAGUUCUCCUCGUAAAAAAAAGCACUCCGAGACGUCAAAGGUUAGCACCAAAGCUGGGGAGUGCAGGCUGAAGAAGCUGCAGGGGUUGGAGAGGCCGAGACAAGGAGCGGUGUUCUGGCCUUACAGCUGGCGCUCUGAACUCUGUACCUGUACGAACUGUAAGAAAGCUUAUGUGGCAGCAGAAGUGCAGUUUCUCAUGGAUCAGUCCGAUACCAUCCUGGCUUAUGAGAAAAAAGGUUUGGACAAGCCGUUCGGGCAAGACCCACUGAUGACUCUCCUGGAAUCUAUGGACCGUGUGGAGCAGCUGGAACUCAUAUACGGUAUCAACAAGUUGACGUCUUUGCUCAAUGAAUUUUUGGAACAGUGUGCUUCUGAAGGAAAGGCUGUCACAGCUGAAGCAGUUCAAGAGUUCUUUGAGGAGUUGCGAGCCAAGAAGAGGCGCAGGACUGAUGGAGGAUUUUAGUAACUCGUCACCACGACGACCUUUAAUGAAUGUGUCAUUUUAAAACUAUCCAUAAUAAAGUGGAUUUUUUGCUGCAUCUACUGUAAUUUUAAA